CUAGUGGAGAAGACAAGCUGGUUAGUGAGUACAGGAGCAAUAUAAACACACGGGCGUCUUUGGAUGAUAUUAUAACCUGCAAAUAUUGAUAUAUUUAGAUCAUAAACAUAUCUGCUUGGAUAAUAUUCAUCGAUGGAAAUAUAUGAGUUGUUUUUAGCGCGCGCGCUGAUUUAGUGUUGUGUGGUUUGUUUAUUUUUUUUUAAUGCUAUCUGCAAGCACAUGUUAGUGGCUAUACUAUGUGUGUCACUGUGAAAACCAGUUGGGCGUGAAUGGGAAUACUGGGAAGCGAGAUGGCAAGGUGGUGGAGGAGGAGGAUAGUGCUGAUUGCUCUGCUGUGGGAGUUCCAGAGUGUUGUCUGUCGUGAGGUGACCCUUCCACCAGGUCCAUUGUACCGUGUAGCUGGGUUCUCCCUGUCUCUGCCCUGCACUGUUUCAGGUUAUGAGGGUUCAAGAACACAGGACUUUGAGUGGUACUUGUACCAUGAGGAUGCACCAGAAAUACAGAUUGGGGUGGUGUCCACUCGAGAUAGAGGCUUUCCCUAUGCCGUUUUCCAGGAUCGAGUGAAAUCAGGUGAGAUUCGGGUGGAGAGGGACUCUGGCGACAAAGCCAGACUGGUGAUUCAGAGACUUCGGCCAGAAGAUCAGGGACGUUAUGAGUGUUACACACCAAGCACUGACUCACAAUACCAAGGCACCUACAGUGCAUCUGUGAUCGUCAAAGUGAUUAAAGACACAUUGCUGAUAACCCACUCUCGCAUUCUGAGUGGCCAGACUGUCAUAGAAGGGACAGAGCUUCAGCUGACAUGUGCUGCUUCUGUCCAGUCAGAACAGCACACACAUUUGUCUGUCACAUUCGGGAUGCGAGGCAGCACAGGCUCUGGCUCUCUGGGCCAUAAUCUGAAGGAAAUCAUCUCUAUUGACCGUGAGCUACGUGUUACGCCUGGCCGGGGAGGCUCUUAUGAGAAGAGGUGUAAUAAUGGCAAGAUUUCUCUGGAGAAGAGGAGUGGAGAGGAAGGGAAGGACCUUUACAUUCUGAAGAUAAGCAUGCUGGCCUUGGAGGAUUCUGGUUCCUAUUUCUGUGAGGCAGUGCAGUGGGUCUUGGACCCAUCAGGCCAGUGGGAACGCAUCGCCCAGAGGACCAUGGAACUGGGAAGCCUGUCUGUACAACCACUUGCGGACACUCUGUCUGUGAGCACAGUGCCAGUGGGUGAGGUGGCACUGCAGCCUGGGUCUCGUCUCAGCCUCACGUGUUUGGUGUCGGGUGCGGGCUCAUGGAAUCGCUCGGCUCUGCUGGUGCAGUGGUUGCGGCGUGGACCAGCAGGAGGAGUGGAAGUGGAGGUGGCCCGCAUGAGCCCCAACGGAGUGGUGAGCUGGGGCGAUGACAUCAGUAGCGAAGGAGGGGGCAGCAUGGAGAAGGGGGCAGAGGGGAGAUUUUCUCUGCGACGUUUCUCCACCCACCCAGUCGAUGCUGGACAAUACCGCUGCUCUGUGAGUGUGUACGCUGGACAGCUCAGUCCAGCACCAUCCAGCCCUGCUACACUUACUCAGAGGUCUGAGGCCGUAAUGGUCAGCCUCCAGAGUAAAGAGGUGAGUGUUCUGGCAGUCAUCGAGUUACUACAUCGGCCACUCCUGAAACGUGGGAGCACCAUCACCUUGCUCUGUAACGUGUCCGUGGUGACCACAGGCCCCACUCAGGUGGAAGUGCAGUGGUGGCAGAAGAAGCAGGACCUUGAUGGGAAAGAAAUGCCCCUAAUAAAUCCCAAAGGCAGUAUCCUCGCAACACUGACCCAUGAUGGAAUGUCUCGAAUCUACAGUAAUGGAAGUGAAUUGAGCGUUGACUGUAUUUCUGCUGGAAAAUACAGACUACGCAUCUUUUCAGCACAGGAGGAUGACCAAGGGGAUUACCGGUGUCAUGCAGAAGUAUGGACCCAGGACCCCCAUGGAGGCUGGUACAAUACAGGUGCCACGGCAGAGUCAGCCAUGGUAUACGUGUAUUUAUAUGCACGAGUUACUGACCUUCUGCUUAUACCACUGGUGGUUGGUGUCUCAUCUGCCCUGUUUGUGGGAGUGGUCAUCAUUGCCAUGGUAACAUGCUGUUUCAUGAAGCGCCUUGCCAGGCAGCGCUCCAAGAUAAGGAAGUAGGAAGCUGGCCAAUUUCCCUACCUGCAGGCCAAUAAACAAAUUGUAUGGAUAAAAUAUAUAUUAUAUAAAACUAAGAGUGUACUUAAUGGAGGAACUUCUGCUGGUAUGUUUGUGAGAGAGAGAGCUCUGAGUGUUGGGUUGAAUCAUUAACUCACACAUUCAAAGUGUGCCAACAAGUUAAUUAUUUUCUUCUAAGCCACAAUUAGCCAAAUUGACACGAGUAAAAAAUUUUAAGUGGUCAAAUUCGCAGCAUUCAAAACAUGUCAGCGGCUUAAAAUGGCUUUUUUGUUUGUUUCAAAGGAUGGACCAAUUUUUUGUGUGUUUUUUAUAAAUGUGUAAUAGGUUUAACAAAACCUGGUUUGGUACAAGAAACAUGUAUAGUAUUCCUAUAUAGCAUGCCAUAAAUGUUUCACCAUUGUUUUAUGGUAUUUAUGGAACAAUGAAAACGAAGCAAAAUGUUGCACUGACCUUUGUAGGGUUAAAGACAAGCCAUUCCAGGUACUUCUACACUCAGCCCACACACACACAGUUUAUGCAGUCUGUACUGUAAUUAAGUAAUCCUUGAUGAUGGGAAUUAGUUUACAGUGGGUGGAAUAAGCUAAACACGGUGUGUAGCAUCCCAGCAAUUUAGAAAUCAGCUUGGAGCCACUGAAUGAAUAGAACCAUGCCACUGUAGGAGUAGUAGUAGUAGGUUAUAUUCUGAAUUAAACCAGCAGUGAUGGUACACACUGUAAAAUAAAUUCAACUACCAAAAAGAAACUUGACCACUUUAUGAAAAUUGAAAAUGCUGAUAAAUCUGAUCCAUGUUUUCUACUGCUGAAAGGCUGAUUGGUGCUCCCCUUAUACUGCAGUAAGGCAGUGCAGUAUGUACCAGCACUUGAGCUGUUAGGAGACACAACUUGAAAUGUAGUGACUAAAUGACAUGAUGUCGCAAAAACUAAGCAUCCAGGUCAAAUCAGACAAACCAUGAAUGGACUUUUCAGCUAAAUCAGUAGGACCAAAGCGAUUCUUAAUUUUAAAAUUUUUUUCUUUAAAUCUGUAUUCUGAACCUUUUUAUAUUUUGCAUGUUUUCUGUUUUAUUGGGUUUCCUGUGUUGCACUGCUAUUGAAUUGAGGCUGUGAAAUGGAUGUCUUUCAAAAAAAAAAAAAAAUGUUUUGUGUUGUAACUUGUAUGAAUAAGGGGGAUCAUUCUGCACUUGUCUCCUAUCAGACUAUUGCUAUUUUUUUAAACAUCUCUUAUAGGAUUUAACCACAGUAAGUUGAAAGAAAAUGAAACAGAGUGGCUUAGGUCAUGAGUACAGGGACAAAAAUACAAGGCACUUGUAUGAAUCUGUAGCACUUCUGUCCCUUUUUUAGAGAAUUGAUCUGAUUGUUGUUUUCAACUGUGAUUUAGGAGAUAACAAAUAUCUCUGAGCCCUGUGAUUUGUUAAUAGGGCGGACACAUUUGGAACGUUACUAAACACACAUUGCUGUUGCAGGUGCUUUUUAAUGUUCGGCUCACAAAUCUAAAAGCGGAUUUAUCCUCUCGCCCAGCUGGGCCAUCUGACCAUUUCAGUGAGAGUAAUGUAACACGAGCUGUCGAUUAAUCCUUAUCUUUACAUUGCAAAGACACAUUAAAUUUGUCAUGCACUGUUCUGGAUUUAUGCAUCUGUUCCAUGCAGCCUAGUAGCCUCCCCCCCAUUCUUGCACUAGUGGCUGCUGGAUAGCUCUGCAUGGUUUUGCAUGGACAGGCUUGGACUCACUUAGCAAACCCAUGGAAAUGUCAGGCCUCAGAAGUAAUGUACCUAAAAUCACAUAGGCACAAGUGAAUUUUCUAUGUACCAUCUGUUUGUUUGGGGUUUUUUUUAAUGUGAAUUAUAAUGAUGAUUAGACUGCCUAUUAAAGCUAAUUUCUGUGAUUUUGUAAUUUAGUUUAGAUGUCCAUAAUCUACUGCAUUUUACUCAUGUUGGCAGUGAACUGUGAUUAUUUUCAUUGUCAGUGAAAAUAACCUGUACUGCGUAAUUGUGGUUUAGGGACAUGAAUAAAUAAUGAAAUCAAGAUGAUUAUAAUAAA